AUGAAGCAUCAGAGAGAGCACCUUGCAAAAGAACAUGAAGUAAAGGGCGAGCCAUCACUUCAUCGUGUCAAUUCAAUUGAUUAUGCCAAUUGUGCACCUUGGGAAUGGAUGCACCUAUUCCUUGAAAACAUCAUUCCACAACUUGUUGACCUCUGGCAGGGUGUUACAAGAUGUUGGAUGUUGGCAUUUGUACACUCCCAACUGCACAUGUGUGGACCUGCUUGGGUCCACUGGACAUUCUACAUUGAGCGGUAUUGCCUGCACCUCAGGACUGGUCUCCAUUCAAGAUGGCAUCCAUGGAGUGGCCUUUCCCGUGUGGUGUUGUACACUGCAUACCUUAGUCAACUCAGUGUUAAGUUUGACCUCCAAGAUGAACUCAAAGACCUCAAUCACUGCUGCGGACAACAAGAACUAGAGAACGAACAAUCAUUUGAAAACUUGCACUUACCAUCUGUGAUGCCUCUGUGGGGCAAAAUGCAGAUAAUUGGUGGGGGUGACUCAAUCAGGACCAAAUAUGCUCUGAUGGGUAUGAGUAAUGCAAAGUAUUGUGACAACUUGUUUUUUGAAGUCUUGUAUUCCGAUGCAGGAGAAUCACAACCCAUCAAUGUGAUUAGUUAUGGCCGGCUGGAUAAGAUUUUGAUUUGUGAACUUGGCGAACACAAAAUUUACAGCUUCCUUCGCAAUACAACACUCAUCCUUGCACUCAUAACACCAUGCAACGCCGAUGGAACAGAUGCAUCAAUAUCCUUAGUUGGAUACAAAGAGUUUGUCUCACCAGUAGUUACGGAUGUGCGAAACAUCAAGGCAGUUGUUGGCCGGGUACAGACAUGA